UGUGUCCUGCCCAUCCCCUGACACUGUGCUACUUGGCACGGGACAGCUCUGUUCAGACAUUGAAUGCUCACAGCGUCCUUCUGAAGAGAGGCAGCAGAACUUGAUUUCAUUUACAAGCUUGAUACCUGCAAUAGAGGUUUAAACAAAGACCUUAACUAGAUGGCACUUCCACAUCAUAAUGACAUAAAGGCCAAGCAUGGAAGUGACCACAGUAACCGUAGCCAAUGUGGGUGCCUCUGCAGACAAUGUCUUCACCACAUCUGUUGCAAAUGCUGCAUCUAUAUCUGGACAUGUGCUGUCUGGCAGAACAGCCCUUCAAAUUGGGGACAGCUUGAAUACUGAAAAAGCCACUCUGAUAGUGGUUCACACAGAUGGCAGCAUUGUAGAAACCACAGGGCUGAAGGGGCCCUCUGCACCUCUCACGCCAGGUCCUCAGUCUCCUCCAACUCCUUUAACACCUGGCCAAGAAAAAAAUGGCACAAAGUAUAACUGGGACCCAUCGGUGUAUGACAGUGAACUCCCUGUGCGAUGCCGGAAUAUCAGUGGAAUCCUAUAUAAAAACAGGCUUGGCUCAGGAGGGCGUGGCCGAUGUAUUAAGCAAGGGGAAAACUGGUACAGCCCUACAGAAUUUGAAGCCAUGGCAGGAAGAGCCAGCAGCAAAGAUUGGAAAAGAAGCAUCCGCUAUGCUGGGAGGCCACUACAGUGCCUUAUUCAUGAUGGGAUUUUAAAUCCUCAUGCUGCCUCAUGCACUUGUGCUGCCUGCUGUGAUGACAUGACCUUGAGUGGCCCUGUACGACUUUUUGUCCCUUAUAAAAGGCGAAAAAAAGAAAACGAACUGCCUACAACUCCAGUGAAAAAGGAUUCUCCCAAAAACAUCACCCUGCUUCCUGCUACAGCUGCUACCACUUUCACCGUGACUCCUUCAGGACAGAUCACUACUUCUGGUGCUCUGACCUUCGACCGUGCAUCAACCGUGGAGGCCACAGCUAUCAUCUCAGAAAGUCCAUCCCAGGGUGAUGUAUUCACUGGAGCCACUGUACAAGACACUACUGUCCAGCAGCCUUGCCGUGUCAGUCAUCCGGAACCUCACUAUCCUAGUUACCAGGACAAUUGUCAGAUUUCACCUUUUCCAGAGGCUGCACUGCCAACAUCCCAUCCCAAAAUAGUGUUGACGUCCCUUCCUGCCCUGGCUGUGCCACCCACUACUCCCAUGAAAGCCAUAUCCCCCUCAGUGGUGAACGGCCUAGAGAUGACAGAGCAACGGAGCUGGCUGUACCUGGAGGAGAUGGUCAACUCCUUACUCAACACAGCCCAGCAACUGAAGACCCUGAUUGAACAGGCUAAACAAGCCAGCUCCUCUUUCCGGGAGGCUGCUGUUACUCAAGCGAAAAUCCAAGCCGACGUGGAGAGGAAAGAGCAAUAUCAAAGCCAGUUAUUUCAGCAAACGGAAGAUGUUGAUGGUAAAACAGAAAUCAUCAUCAAGCAGUCCUGUGUAAACUGUGGUCGGGAAGCAAUGAAUGAGUGCACUGGAUGCCAUAAAGUCAAUUACUGCUCAACUUUCUGCCAGCGGAAGGAUUGGAAAGAUCACCAGCACAUGUGUGGUCAGUCAGCCACAGUCACGGUGCAAGCGGAUGAGGUGCAUGUCACAGACAGCGUCAUGGAGAAAGUUGCAGUCUGAAAAAUCUACGUCGCUGAAGUCCUAGAUAAGAAGGGAAGGUGCUUGGCUGGAUCAGCAAGCUGGAUGGGAGCUCAUGUUGUUGGUUAUCUAGGAUCUGAACUCUUCCCAUCAGUGAGCUCGUCUUCCAAAGAUGCUUGAGCACCUUUCUGCAGGCCUACUUGAAAUCUUAGCAAAGCAGACACUAAGGAUACAUUAUCUGGGAAAGAUAACUAGACUUGCUGAUCAGGAGGCCACCCCCACUUAAGGAACUUUGGACUAUAAAGUAAAACUUGCAAGAUUUUGUAAUGCACAGCAGAGGGGUUUCAGUGUUAGAGCCAUCUCUUCUGAGGGCCGUCUACAGUGGUUGGAAUGAAAGUUAAGAUGUGCCAGUGUUCCAUUCCACCCCAUGCUACCCUACCUCUCAUGUGAAACAAUAAAUGUUCCUUCAUUUGUUUAAUUUAAUUUUCUUUAAAAACAUAUAUCAUAAAACUGUGUUCUGUCAAUAGAAGCCCCUUUUUCUAAUUCAUUUCUCCCCCAGGGCUAAGUUUUACAUAUUGGAAAUUCUGCACUUGUAUAUAAACAGAAGAUGUCAUGUCAUUAAACAAAAUACAGUGAAAUCAUGAAAGCGUGUUACUGUAAUAUUCCUUUUACACCAAGAGUGUUUGCCGGAGCACUGUUAAACAGAAAGCAUGGACCUGAUUGCUCGGCACAGUCAGGUGAAGCAACACAACA